UCCCCACAAUUGCCCACCAUAACAAUGUUAUUAUCCAACAAUUGAUAGUCAAAGCUCACAAUAUGUCUUGACUUUUUCUGUUUCAUACGCGAACUUCUUUCCCGGAAUGUGCAGGUCUUUGGUCACGCCAACGACAUGUUGGACCGGUACAACCCUUUCCAUCUGCUCGCAUCUCUCUGGGCGCUCUUUGUUGAAGUAGCUGUAUUUUGGCGAUUGAAAUUGGUGUUUUGGUGGCGUGCCAAAAGACCUCGAGAUGCGCUGCUAGAAGUUCUAGCUGACGCACGAGUUUAUGAAGAAUGGGAAGGGGCAGCAUAUCAAUUAGACGAAUUGCUUGGAAAUGACCUUUGGCGUCAAAACCCUACAAGCAAGUACUACGACUACCGUCUCAUAUACCAGCGUCUUCAGGCCAUCAUCGAGGCCAGAGAAGAUGACGAUAUCCCAUCGUUAGUAAAUUUGUUGCGUUCAGGCCUUGUGCGCAACCUGGGAAAUAUUUCUGCGCCCCGACUAUUCAACCGCGCAUAUGCAGGCACGAAACUGCUUAUUGAAGACUACAUAACCCAAGUCGCUCUGGCAAUCGAAUACGUUACAGCACUUCCCACCUCGUCCGGCCAUGAAGGGGGCUUGACCAGUCAAGCGAAGCUUGAUCUUUUGCACGAUACCCGUCAAGCAUUCGGACGAUCCGCCUUGGUUCUUCAGGGUGGUGCUAUCUUCGGCCUAUGCCAUCUCGGAGUCGUCAAGGCUCUCCAUCUCCGAGGCUUGCUUCCGCGCAUCAUCGUUGGGACAGCGACCGGAGCCCUGAUUGCCGCCCUUGUUGGCAUUCAUACCGAGGAUGAGCUCCUCGGGUUCUUAAGCAGCGAUGCCAUAAACUUGACUGCAUUUGCGGGGCGUCGAUCUUCUGGCCGGAGUAACAGCACAAGUAGCCCCAGCAACGGACCCAAAUCCGAAAAGUCCGAUGUGAAUAGCGAUGAUAACGACAAGAGAAAUGGCAGUGAAGCAUCACCACCAUCACCAACAGAUGACGAGGCUCAGGAAAGCGGGUGGUAUGCGACCUUGAUGCGGCGUAUCAAGCGGUUUAUCCGGGACGGGUACUUUCUCGAUAUCAACGUCUUGGAAGCAUGCGUGCGCGACAACGUGGGCGACCUGACAUUUGAAGAGGCCUAUGCGCGCACCAAACGCGUUCUCAACAUCACAGUCUCAACAGACGGACGUGGCGGCGUGCCGAACCUUCUCAAUUAUCUAACCGCGCCGAAUGUACUCAUUUGGUCUGCGGCCCUUGCCUCUAACGCUUCAUCUUCUACAUUAUACUCCCCGGUUGUACUGAAAUGCAAAGACGAAACCGGCGCCAUUGUUCCCUGGGCGUCCGCGCAAGAAGCUACAUUUCGGUCUUGGACUCACACCACGUACCGGGAUCGAGACUCUCCUUUGACCCGCGUCGCCGAGCUCUUCAACGUCAACCACUUUGUUGUGUCUCAGGCAAGACCGUACCUUGCCCCUUUCUUACGGCCGGACCUACAUCGUGCAGAUCCUCGCAAAGAAGGCCGGCUUUUCAGCAGCUUGACUCUGCCUUUACUACGCCUCUUGACGCUUGAAGUGCGUCAUCGCCUGGAACAGCUGGAUUCAAUGGACCUCUUAUCCCCUAGCAUCCGCCGAUUUCUCAUCACCGAAGAUAUCCCAUCCACUUCUAGCUUGACUCUUGUACCCGAACUCACGCCGAGCGAUUUCUUCAAGCUAUUAGAAAACCCAACAAAGGAAAGUAUAGACUACUGGAUCAUGCGUGGCGAACGAAGUGUAUGGCCCGCCGUUGGCGCGCUUAGAACGAGAUGCGCAGUGGAAGUCGAACUGGACAGGGCUUAUCAGCAUGUCAGACGCAAAAAGCCGCUAGAUUUGGUUGUUGAGUCGUCUGCCACAGACUCGAAUGGGAACGGGCUAGGUAUCUCUGCCGGUGGUGCUGGUGCUGGUCUUGGGAACGACGCGUAUCGCAGAAAUUCCGUGGAAGGUAAAGCGAAGAAUGAAAAAAAGAGAGGUCGAGCAGCAAGCUUGAGCGGUGCAUAGCAUUUCACCUUUCAUAUUAUUGUAAUAUCUUCAUCUCCUUUCCAGUCAUCAACCUGGGGUAUCCGUUGGUCUGGUCUGGGUGGUCCUUUUGACCAAACCCAUCUAUGCACAAGUCUGAUAUAAGUGAACGUAUUUUGGGCAAUCACCAGCAUUCUCAGCAUAAUCUUGCCGACUGAUUGUUGAUAAACUUCCUAAAUGGGUAAUGUUGGUGGUGAUCACGGACCGGUGGAGGCAUCAUCAAAAGACCACCGGAGUCUACCAGCCCCAAUGGACACUUAAAUUAUAACUUAUUUGUCUCAUAUCAUUCCAUCUCGUUUCAUUUGUCUUUAUCCAACUUUCCUAUCCAUUUGUCUCAUUGUAUUCAUCAUUGCUGUGCAUUGACCGCGUUUGUCACGUGAUCGCUUUAGCCUAGCUGUAUAGCGGGCG